AUGACAAACAACUGUGCGAUAAACGUAACUGCGAAUUUCGACAGUCUCAGCGACUACAGCUUGCAAUUGAACCGAUGGUUCUUGAAGCCUAUAGGCGCGUGGCCGUUAGCCUCGCCCACCACGAAAUUCGAACGAAUCCUUUCACACCUUUUAAUCUUCCUUUGCUACUGCUUCAUACUCUCCACCGUUAUCCCAAGCAUAUUUCACAUCAUACUAGUAGAUGAAAGUCUCCAUCUGAAGCUGAAGUUGCUCGGUCCUCUCGGUCACUGGUUCAUCGGAGGAAUUAAUUACACCACGCUGUUGCUACGCAGCAAAGAGAUACGCGGCUGCGUGGAGCACAUGCAAACAGAUUGGAGGAUCGUGACCAGACCGGAGGAUCAACAAGUGAUGUUGAAGAACGCGAAGAUCGGUCGUUACGUCGCGAUCUUCUGUGCGGCGUUCAUGCAAUGCGGUGUUCUCUGUUAUUGCGUGAUAACAGCGUUCACUAUGCAGACCGUUCAAGUAGGGAACGAGACCAGAACCGUGCAUAUGUUGCCGUGUAAAGCUUACAAGAAGAUCGUCGCGGUGGACACGAGUCCGACGAACGAGAUCGUCCUUGCCUCGCAAUUCGUGUCGGGAUUUAUCGUGAAUUCGAGCGCGGUCGGCGCAUUCAGCCUUGCCGCCGUGUUCGCGGCACACGCUUACGGCCAGUUGAGCGUGCUGAUGAUAUGGAUCACCGAGUUUGUGAAUCAUUCCAGGGAUCAGAAUAAAAAUGUUUAUUUCAGCGAGAUCGGCGUGGUUGUCGAACAUCAUCUGAGGGUACUCAGUUUCAUAGCACGUAUCGAGGAUGUGAUGAAUCGAAUAUGCUUCAUGGAAUUGUUCAAGUGUACUCUGGAUAUGUGCAUGCUUGGCUAUUACAUUCUCACGGAAUGGUCUGACAGCGAUGUUCAGACAAUGACUACGCAUUUCAUGAUCCUUAUAUCCAUGUGUUUCAACAUUUUUACAGUAUGCUAUAUCGGAGAAAUACUAACUGAACAGUGUAAAAAAGUUGGUGAGGUGGUUUAUAUGACGAAUUGGUAUUAUUUACCCGACAAAGAUAUUCUCAAUUUGCUUCUCAUCAUUUCAAGAUCUAGCCUGGUAAUUAAAAUUACCGCUGGAGCUUGCAGCUUGAUUGCUGUGUUCGUCAUGCACGUCUGUGGGCAAUUCAGGAUACUUGUGACAAAGCUGGAUAAGCUCAUCGACGGAGUGAAAGGGAGGAAGAGCUUGAGCACGCAUGAACAACGACUGGGAGAUAUCAUCGAGCAUCAUCUGAAGAUACUGGGUUUUAUAUCGCAAAUCGAGGGGCUCCUGAACGAAAUAUGUUUCGUCGAGGUGAUUGGUUGCACGUUGAACAUAUGCUUUUUGACAUAUUAUUUACUCACGGAAUGGGAGCAAAAUGACGCUAUAGGAACGUUCACGUAUUUAAUGUUUCUCAUAUCUUUAACGUUCAACGUUUUCAUACUCUGUUACAUCGGUGAAAUUCUCUCCGAACAGUGCUUAAAAGUCGGCGUGUCAACUUACAUGAUCGACUGGUAUCGUUUGCCAGGGAAGAAAGCACAAGGUUUGAUACUGAUAUUCGCCGUGUCGAAUUCUUCCAUAAAAUUAACAGCUGGAAAGAUCAUCGAUCUCUCUUUAAGCAGCUUCUGCAGCGUGUUAAAAACGGCAUUCGCAUAUCUGAGCUUAUUACGUACGCUUACCACAUGA